UACGCUGCUCCCGUUACAGUAUUUGUAGCAGUGUUUUGGUUCUAUCUAUGUUUACGAAAGGACAGUUUGGGCUGCCGUGUAAUUUAUAUGUAAAUAUACACGUCCUAAAGCGAUAAGAGGGAUGCGUAAUGUGCACUUUUUGGCGAGCAGUGUUGAAAUAGCCUCAUUGUUUGGUUUGUCAUUAUUUGCUGAAAUAUCUUGAGGACACCAGUCAGGGAACCAACAUCAGUCCUGCAACAUGGCAUAUCGACAUGGUCGAAAAAGUAUUAGAGAGGCCUAUGAGGACCACUUCACAGCAGUGGAUGCAAGAGAGGUGACAGUUCAUCGAGUUGUCAAUAUUGUUGAAAAGAGGAACCCAAUGCCACGGCAGGGGUUGGAAUUUGAUAGAGGAUUUAAUGAUGACUCGUGGUAUGGCAGUCCUCGAAAUUACCAGGACAGUUACCAGGACAGUUACCCGGACAGCUACCAGGACAAUUACCAGGACAGUUACCAGGAAGCAAGAAGUCACAGCGAAGGGAGCUAUCCUCCCAGUGAUCGUCGAUACUUUGAUGAUAGCGCCAACUUUGGGAGUUAUCGCAGACAUUCCUCACCACCACGAAAUGGGGCUUCGUACUCCCAACAGAGCUAUGGAAGAGAUGAUCUGAGGCAUCAGUUAGUCUCAAGGAGCAGUGGUAGACCUCACCAUUUCCGCAAAAGAGGUCGAGGGUCAGGUCCUCCUCAAAGGACAGAACAGGACAGAAAAGCCAAAGAAGAUCGUGAUGACUAUAGGACCUGUCAGCCUCUUGUUAUCACACGGGACCGCUCUCCUGGAAGGAGGGAAGCCCAGCCGUCUGUAACUGUUCGCUCUGGAUCAAAUAGCAACAACAGGAACUUCUCUCCUGACAAGGACAAAAGCUAUUCCUAUCAGCAGUCACAGCAAAAGCAUAAGCCCAAUGUGGUGAUGAGUCACACUCCCAGUAGCUCUGCGGAGGGGUCUCCUCACAGUUCAGGAUCUUCAAAGGAAAAACCUUCAGCAUCUGUAGCGGAGUCAGAGGAGGUGGCGGCUGCCAGCAUGGAGCCAAAGCUGACACCAGAGGAAGACUUCAAGGCUCGCCGGUUGGAGGCCAUUAAGGCUAAGGCUCUGGAAAUUGAGAAGCAUUACAGGCAGGACUGUGAGACAUUUCGCACAGUGGUGAAGAUGCUGGUGGACAAGGAGCCCAGCUUGGAUAAUCUGCUGCAAGCUCCUCUAGAUGCAAACCUGUUGGACAUCAAACAACACUGCCUUGAUGCCCUUAAAAACUUCAUGAAGGAGCUGGAUGAGAUAUGAGAGCAGCUGUACACAACAGCAGAAACCCCACAUCACAAAACGCUGAGGUGACAAUGUAGAGUAUUAACACAAAUAAUUUAUCCAAAGUUUUUCAUUUUUCAUUUUUCAUCAUGUCCUUUAGUCAAAUAUUAAUGAUUGUGAUUUUUAUUUUAUUAUUUUUUUAAUCAAGUAUUAUAAACUGAAGACAGGAUUUCUGGGAAGGUAAGGAAGAUGUGUUAAGACGAGACUGAGUUACUGAUAAAAUGGAUAUGUGGUUACAGUGAAAUACUUUUUGUAUUUGAAGUGAAAUCAAAAGGACCUUUUUGGACUGAGAUGCAAGCGUUGCAGUUUUUAUUAAAGACUCAACAAAUUAAGUUUGCAGCUUCAGCUGCAUUUUUUUUGACAAUGAAUCAUGUUGACAAAACCAGCUAGAGGCUUGGUUGGUUUUAUUAUUGAAUCCUAUUGAUGAUGCACUGCCAGAGAAAUUAGUGAAUCAUGAAACUAAUUUAGUGACGUGUAAUAAUUGUCCUUCCGUUCUUUGCUUGUCUUGCCUUUAUGAUUGCAAUUGCUACUGAUGCAAACUUAGAGAUAGAUUAAUGUCUUUGAAGUGGAGUUUUAUGAGGUACUUACCCAUAGCCAGCGUCUUACCUACAGCAUAUUAUACCCUGCAUGCUUCAGGUUUUUAAAAGCAAAGACGACUGCUGGCAGAAAUGCCAAGUCUACUGCUGUUAUCAGGGUCAGCAGCAAAACAUGUGUUAGCCACCUAAAAAGACAUCCACCCUUAAAGAAAAUCAAUAUCCAUUUAAGCAUACACUAUAUUUAGAAUAUUCCCAUAGCUUUACCUCAUCAUCGGACAGCCCUUUUCUUUAGCACUACAUUUUGUCACCCAUGGAACUUCUGUAUUCCUACUCACUUGCGUAGACAGCUGCAGGAGUUCCAGGGAUCAACAGUAGGUAAUACAGUGGCUAUGAAUAGGUACUUCAUACAACCCCACUUCAAAGAGAAACACAAGUAUUUUUCAGCCAGUAUUGAAGGGUCCAACUCUAUAUGGUAUUUUAUCAGUGCAGUGCUAUUUCAUACAAAGGAGAGUGCAUUUUAUACAUCAUAUUUUGUCUUAUUUUAAGUUUAAAGUGAACUUCUGAUGAAUUCUUUCAAAUCUAUUGAGAAACUUUUGUAAAUAAAUGGUGUGGCCUUAAAAAUAAAAUGACCCCCCCACCCCC